ACCCAAAUAUUUAAGGCCCAAAGCCCCAUAGCUAGCGAAACUCAGAUCUGUGUUUUUCAUCAAUUCACUCUGCAAAAUUUGAAUUUCUUCAUCUACGUUUAACCUAGUAGCCACCACCGUCUAUCUAUCAAGCUCGCCGCGUCGCGCUCCUCCGCUGAGUAAAAUAUGGGUAGCGCGAAGAAGAAGGCUCAGAUGUUUGUAAAACUUGUGUCUGCGGCCGGAACUGGAUUCUUCUAUGUAAAGAGGAAACCAAGAACGUUUACAGAGAAGCUUGAGUUUCGUAAGUUUGAUCCUCGAGUUAAUCGUCAUGUUCUUUUUACAGAAGCUAAAAUGAAGUGAUAUACAUUGUCUUUUAUCAAUGUAAUGUAAACAUCUUGUACUGCUUUUUGAGAUAAUUAUCACAUUUGAUAAAAAUGUUUGAAUAAUGCCAAUCUUUUUACUGUC